AUGGGCAAGCAUAAGGAUCUGAACGGCUUUGCCAAGGGCAAAAUUAUGAUGGAGCCCGGAGUCUAUGUCCUUAAGUUAAACAGUAACCACUAUAAAAAGAUGUACGUUCGGGUCAUGCUCACUGGGGGCCAGUGCUAUGAAGAAGGAACGUUUUUCCCCACUGCUCCGAGGCAUGUCAUCCGAAAUGGAAUCGCAAAAAUGCCGCGUCUUCUUUUAAAGCCAGACUGGCCGGCAAUUACAGGAAUUCUAACAGGCCUUUCGUUGAUUCUAAUUACUUGUAUCUUCCUAAUUGUUUGGUUUCAGGAUUUGGGAUGGAAGCAGAAAGUUGCCAGUAUCCCAAAGUUCAGAAAGCAGCAGCUUAAAUUCAAUUUCGAUAACUAUUCAUCCAAAGGCUCUGCUGUUUCCACAGUGAAGAAGCUCCAUAGUAAAAUGAGAAUCAAAGGUCACAUCGACAAAAAGUGGGAUGAGGCUGACAAAAAGAAAUGCUACAGAUAUCUUGAAGAUGAUGAAUUUUGGGACUAUGAACAGCAGAUUGACAUGGAAUGUUUCAACACACAAAUAUUUUAUGAUAUUUUGUUAAAGCAAUCUCUUAUGGUCACUGCUAAACUUGGUCAGCUAAAAGAAGAGGUAAAGACAUACUAUGAAAAACUUGCUUACGAAGUCAGCACUUUGAAAGACAUAUUUGUGAAAUGUUUAAGUAUUACUUGGAAACCAAAGCGCUACAACAGCUCUGUGAUGGAGAGCUACACAAGAAAGAAGAAAGAGGCAGAAUUAGAAAUAACAAAGAGAAAGAAACUGGCAGCAGAGUUCGAAGAUAUUCUGAAUAGGCAACAGAUAGCUUUGCAGCAAAACAUUAAGUCCCUGGAAGACCAUUGCGUGUUGUUUAAUGGUGCGCUGAGAGAAUGUCUAAGAUUUCUCAAAGUACUGGAAACUAGAACUACCGGCCGAGAGUCCGGCGCCAAGCUAUCCAUAAAUAACUUUCAAAAGUGAGUCAGAUGGCUAACAGGAGCAAUACCAAAACUUUACAAAAUAUAUCCCCCAAUUCUCAUUGUUCCUGUAUGAGCAGCUGACUUACUGCGUCCUCUUCCAAGACCCAACUUUCCAAAUGACCUACACCAGGAAUGUUGAAAAAAGAGAUUAAUGAAUUGUAUAAAUCCUUCAUACAAACCACUAAUAAAUAUUUUGUUUUCAAA